CUGCUGAGCCUCAGCAGAGUGUAUGUGUGUGCGUGCGUGUGUUUGGAUGGUGGACUGUUCCCGGUGAAAAGCACCGAACCCCGGCCGCAUGAAAAUGCCUCAGCGCCGCGUGUAAACGGGAGAAAGUCGCGGAGGGGGGAGAGAGUCAGGUCUCCAGGCUGCUUUACAGGAAAAUACAGGCAGGAUGUUGCAAGUUUUAGCUUGUGGCGCCGUAGUUUUCCCCGGUCUGUUCUUCGCCUUCAGGAGGAUCCUGCCGUGUGUGUUCAAACACUGGAGCGAUGCCGACGUGGUGCUGGUCAGCGAGAGACUGGUGUCCUCCAUCCAUGCCAUCAUGGCAACCACAGCAGGAGUCAUCGUUGUGUCAUCAUGCCGGGGCAACAUCAUUAAUGACAGGCACUGGCUGGCCACCUACUUUGUCAUCUGGUAUGGCGUGCCCUACAUGACGUACGACAUCUUCGCCAUGUACCUCAGCCACUACUACCGCUUCCGAGUGAAGGGGCACGAGGACUACAAGCAGCAUUCACUGAGGACCGUCAACUCCUUCGUCCGCAGGGAGUUCCUGCUGGUGCUGCACCACAUCGCCCUGCUCACCAUCCUGCUGCCUGUUACACUGUUCUUCAGAAAGGACCAGGGGGAUUUCUUCAUCGGCUGCUUGUUUCUAACAGAGCUCAGCACUCCCUUUGUCUCCCUGGGGAAGAUACUUAUUCAGCUCAGCCUCCAGGACUGCUGGCUGCACAAGGCCAAUGGCGGUAUGGUACUGUUCACCUUCUUUAUGUGCCGCAUCGCCCUCUUCCCCUACAUGUACUGGAUGUACGGCCGCCACUACGGCAUCCCGCUCUACAGCGUGCCCUUCCACCUGCCGCUGUCCGCCAACCUGGGCAACUCGUGCAUCCUGGCGCCGCAGGUCUACUGGUUCGUCCUGCUCUGCCGAAAGGGCUACCGCCUGUACAAGCGUAGCCGCAGCCCUGACGCGUCUCCUGUGGCCGCCGUCACUGACAAUUCGAAGGACGAUUGAUAUCCAGUUCACGAUUGCUCGCUCAAGCCGCACACUCAGCUACUAACGCAACUACUUCUGCAAAGGCACUAGUUUGACUUAACACAUUUCAAACCCCACCAUUGUACUGUAGUACACCAGGACUGCCUGCUCUCGUCCCACAGCUCCUGGGCAUUUUUCCGCACACUUUAAUUCCUCUGUUUCGAAUCUGCUGCCUACGUGGACCUCUCCACCGAUCUAAUUCUACUACUGAAGUUUGAAGAUUUGGGUGUUUUUUUUUGGAUUUGGCUCUAGCCUGGAUCUUGUUGAAGUGCUACCCUGCGUCCGUCUACAUUUUCAGCACCGAAGAAAAGUUUGCUUCACCGAGAGUACAAGGUGGAGUAAAAGCACCAGAAACUGAAGAGGAGCUUCCAAGGACAGACAGUAUCUUAUCUCUUACUCCUACUGUGUUUACAGCCUCUGCUGAUUUGGAAGGUCUGUUACAGUGUGUGUGUGUGUGUGUGUGUGUGUGUGUGUGUGUGUGUGUGUGUGUGUGUGUGUGUGUGUGUGAGAGCGUGAGUGUGAGUGAGUGGCUGUUGCAACAGGUUGUAUUUAUUUUUAUGGUUUUUCUGUAAUGUUUCAGAUAGCUGCGUUUCCUCUCUCAUCCAUUCACUAAUCAGACUCACAAGAAGGAUUAGGAAUCGCGGUGGGUGCAAAUUCAGGCAGUAUUAGCAGGAUAAAAAAAAAUGUGAGGAAUACAUGUCACCUCAUCCACAUGUGAGAAAUAACAGCUACCCAUUAAUGUGACAUAAUAUUAAGGUUCAGACUUUCCAGUCCUGUUCAUUUUUGCUUGUAGUUUCUCAUACAGCAUGCAACCCUGCAGCAACAAUCCCACAUUCCUCACUGUCACAUCCAGCACAGAUUUAUGGUCCUGGUUGUUUCCAGUAGCCAUCCCCCUCAACCGUGAGCUAGCUCUGUAUGCAUAGUGUGUGUCCCCUAUAAAUUAACGCUGCACCCAUGUUCACUCAAGGUUUUCGGGAAUUCACAUUGCUCCGGUGUUGGAGCUGGAGAAUGGUGGCAUCAUCAAAAGGUUGUCUUUGCUGAGGGAACCAUUCUUCAUUUUCAUGAAUUUAAGUCAUUUUUUUCGGGACGUGCAUUACAUGUAUAAAACACGUCCGUGCUGGAUACUGCGAAGUCUGUCAAGACCUCAAAGGAAUCACCUUGAGAAAAACACAGGGAUGGGAUAAGAUAUGGCCCUUUGUUAGAAAAUAUUGUGUAUAAUGACUCACCUACACCCGAGUACACAGAUUGGUGAAGUUCAGGUUGUGAGUUUCUGCUGUGUUAAUCUGUAUUGUGUGUGUAUCUGUGAGGGUUUUCUCUUCUGCAGAGCAGAGGGUAAGUUAGGUUUCUUGCUACUGAGAGAUUCAGUGUGUGAGUCCUCAGUCUUUGUUCAGAUGACACUGGAGCGUUGCAGCUGCCAUAGAAACGCUGCCAGGCUGACAGCCAGAGCUGACGCAGGGCAUCUUGGGACGACAGAGUCUUUGACGAGUCGCUUCCGGUCAUAUGUCAACGGCUGUUGAAGAUUUGUUUUCUCCUGUGAAAAGUCAGUCAGACCACAGAGGGGUGGGGUGGGGGUGAUGGGGGAUGUGGUAAUGCCUAAUGUGGGACGAACUCAGGGCCAAGGUUAGAGCAAUAAGGUGAGCAGUGGCUCAUCAGGGCAAACUAAUACAGAGGAUGGAAAUGUCUGAGCAAUUAGCCACCGAGGCCGAGGGUCUCAGGAGUGAUUGUUCCUGACACCGAUCUGUAACAUAAUCAAAAGAUGUCAUCCAGUAACUGUUUAGUUUCCCUGAGGCUCCAGAGAUUUAUAUGCACUUGUGUAUCAGGUGUUGCUUUGAGCACUUCACACAGGGCUGUAUAUACUUCAUGUUUUUAGACAUUUACUCCAUAUUUUAAUUUCAUCUUUAAAAAAAAAAAAAAGAAAAAAAAAAGUUUUAAAACUUAAACCUAUAUCCAGAUAUCACAACUAAAUCUGAGAGGAUCAUUUUUAUCAUGCAAAGCUUUUGUUUUUGUUUUGUUGGAUCCACAGUUGCAUAAAGACGUUUAUCUUAAAGGCAUCCACUUCACAUAUCAAAUAAUAACUAGAACAUAUUAUUUUCAAAAGAAAUCUGCAGGGUUUGUUUCAUACACCAUCUACACCCUAGAGUUGAUUUAACUCCUUGGAUAAUAUUCUUGGUCAUUCAAGCUUUAUACUGAACUAUCUGAUUGCAAAUGCAUUAAAGGCCUUUUUUUUUUUUUUAAUGUCCAGCCAAUUCAAUCUAUGCAAAAGAGGCUGCAGUGCAUCUAUAACACACUAAUGUCAAGCCAUAUCUAAUUGAUCCACGCCUUGGUAUUUUAUUUUAAUCUUUUUAAAUUCUUUGGGACCGUACAUUUAUUUUCACUACACAUUUCUACUGGGACUCCACACUGAAAUUUCUUUUUGUUUUGCUUGUCUUUCAAAUUUACCUCACCUUGCGCGUUGAUUAAUUCAAGUUCAUAUGAUGCUGAAAAAAAGGAAGUGUGUAUUUAUGAUGGUUAACAGUUUUCAGUAGGGUACGCCAACGCCUAAACAGGGGUUUUGCUGUUUGGAUGCUGACUUGAUUGGGCUGUCGCUUUCUAAACAAAACAAAACAAGUUUAAACACAGCUAACAUGAAAACCCCUCCGAGCCUAAUCCGAAACUACACUGUAGAACUGACGUGGCUAACAAGCUAACGGACGUUUGUAGAUGUGGUAAUGUUAUCGCAGUACCAUCUUUAUAAAUGAUUUUUUUUUUUGUAUCUUUUGCUUUCAAGCCCCAAAAUGUUUCCACACUCUACUUUCAGGUGGUUUUGUGUCAUAAAUGGCUGGUUUCUUCUUUCCUUGUGUCACUUCAGUCAGUGUGAGUCAAAGGAUAAUAGUGGGAUCACUGUGAAUGCUAAAACAUGGUGUCACAGUAGUAGUCAGCAGCUAACAUUAGCCGCUGUGAGCUACUGGUCAUACCAGACCAAGUAAGGCUUGUAGAAGCGAAUCCCCUGAGUGCGCUGAACUGAGUGAGGAUGUGUUUUUAUUGCUUAAGAAUUCGACUUCAUAGAGUUUAACUGAGAAAACAAUGACUGACGAGGUCAAAGUGACACGGCCUGUUGUCUUUGCCUUGUAUUUUGUGAUUUAAGGAUUGUGACAGAUCAUUACAGACCAAAUAUUUAUUUUAUUUUUUUUCCCCCAUGUUGAAAUGAUAGUUUGAAUUUCUAAUAAAAAGUGACAGCCCCAGAACUCCAGAGCUCUUUUGAGUCUCAAUUUAAAGCCUCAAAGUCAAAAGUUUAAACUUCAAAGCAUCAAGACUGCUGAGAGGACCAGUGAGCCUCUGUUGCAUUGUGGGUUCUGUAGUGUUACCGUGCCCUGUGUGUGUGGGGGGGAUCUUGUUGUUAAUUUCUGCACUCCUUGGCUGCCACAUCUUGUGGGAACAGCAGUGAACGGGGAAAAGGUGAUGAGUCCUCUUGUUAGCAGACAGACAGUCUGUUUGCUGACCAACAGCAUGAGGAUGAGGGAGUAAGGAGAGACGAGCUGCUGAAUGAUGGGCUUGUUUGUCUGCUUUGGCUGGAGCCCAGGAGAGUGCAGGCCUCUUUUGUCCGUGAUUGACUAGGCCACUGUUACUGGAAACAUCCCAGGCUCUUUGUUCUGCUUUCAGCACUUUCUCUCUGUUUUUUUUUUCCUUUUUUACAUCCACUUGAAAAGUCAACGCUUUAACUGCAGUCAAAACCAGUGGCUGUCACUUAAAUCAACCAUUUUUUAUUUUUUUCAUUUAAAAUUAAAAGCUGCAGCUCAUUGCUUUUUAUUGUAUGUCACCUAUCGCCUUCUUACCACCUGCCUCCAUCCUCUCUCCUUCCAUCCAUCCAUCCAUCCUCAUUUUAACUCGCCCCACUCUUUUGGCUGAUGUGCUCUGCAGUCAUAGAAAAGUUGCUGAGAGCGAUGGCAGAGAGGAGUGAGCCCUCCCUCCGCUCUGCUGCCAUCUGUCGUCAGGAUUAUCUGCUCGUCCACUCAGCAGUUCACAGGCAGGGCCAGUUGGGAUUAGUAGGGCUAGGUGGGCAUUAUCUAUUAAAACGGUGCAUGUCUCUCAUUCAGUCUGCUGCCUUCAGAUACAUACAUCUCUGUUUUCACCUGCCAUGACCUCAUCCUCCAGCAAAUACUAAAUACUCUGUAAAAAAAUGACAUUUACGGCUCUGUUAUCAGGCCGACCGGUGUGGUACUAAAUAGACUCGUGGCUGAUAUUUAGGAUUAUUUAAACUGCUAUUAUUUUUACUGUUUCCCACAGAAUUUCCUUCUCGUUUUAUCUUGGGUGGAAAAGCCUUUUUAUGACACAAAACCUUUUGAGGUGUAGCAGCCUGUCAUGACAGAAAAUACCCCCCUCUUGACUUUAACUAGAAUUUCUUUUGGCUUUCAAAAGGUCAGUUUAAACUCACAGACUCUUAUUUUGACAGGUCCAUUUUACAGUUAUGGAGAAUGAAAUCUGAAGUUCAGUGAGCUGGACCUUUUUAAUAUUUUAAUAGCAGUCCCCAGGCAUAGCUUUGAAAUCAUGGAAUUUAUAUAGAAAAUAUGACAUUUCACUCUUUUUCAGUAACAUUUACCCUUUUUCUUUUUUUUUAAUCAUCAAAAUUAUUUUAUUUAAGAAGUUUAUGCUUUCUUUUCAAACAAACUUUAAUCCUCACUUGCAUGUUUUUAAGGAUAUGUGCAAAAUUGAAAUAAUAUUUCUAUAUCUGGAACGUUAUUCUCAAAUUGACUGAUGUUGACUGGCAAAAAGAAAAAGAAAAAAAAAUUAUAUUGAAUAAAUUAAUGGGAGAUAAACCGAAGGUUUGCUCCACUGACCUGACGACGGUCUUCAGUCCUUGUAAGUUUCAAAGCUGCUGGAUCACGAGCCACUGCCACAUAAAAUUAUGUUGCACAUAAACAGCAUCUGAUCCUAAAAUCGGAGGAUCAGUGAAUCGUAAACGCUUCAUGGCACGCAGAGUACACAUAUCCUAACAGGUAUAGUCUUUGUCACUCGAUAGAUUCUUAAUAAAGAAAGUCUUAAGUUCCACCUCUUUGCUCAGGGUUUGAUGAAGUUUGAUAAAGUUGUUGACAUAUGUGUGUAUAGAGGUUUAUUGUAAGAUGAUGAACUGUGAGACAGACUAAAGAUGAUCACAUCUAGAAUGAUAUGCUGAUUCUUUAUUAUGUGUUUUUUUUUCUUUUAUUUUUCUUUUUAAGAUUAUUUUUCCUUAUAGAUUUUUCUUCUAUUUAUGCUUUCUGACACGGCUUGUGAUACUUCAACUCCCGAGAGUUGGUAAACCAAAGACUGUCAGGCACUUUAGUUGAUCAUAGUGACUGUAGUGAUAUAUGACGAGAGAUCCAUUUGAUUUUCAGUAGUUUAGACAUGCUGUAGAUGAUUUGUCUUAGUAGCUAAGUGACCCGCUUCUCGCUUACAAACACAACUACCCUCCAGUUUUAUCCUCUUUUGUUUGGAUCCCGGAGAGUGACCAACACGGUGCGGUUGUGAUGGAUGUUUCCUCUGAGGACGUAUUGGAGCAAACACACACUAAUCAGGGGUUCAGUCCAUUCUACACUAACGUGCAACCUAUAUAAAGACUGCAUUUAAACAUACUGUAUGGGGUAGUGACAUUUUACUGAAUCUACAUAAUGAUUUUAUUUUACAUAUGAUUCCUGUUCCUUAGCUUUGUAUGAAAGGAUCUAAUUUAAUCGUGUGCCACCUGUUGAAUGAGAACAUGGACACCACAAUUAACCCGAGCGCAACACUAGCUCUGUUGCACCGCGCUAACGCUGUUUAGCAUGUGCUACACUAUGUUGAGCAAUAGUCUGCCUCUUGCUAACAUUGUUUUGACUGAGAGUUCACUCCAUGCUAACACCUUAGCACAUAGUGCUAGUGAGUGCAUAUAGACUACAUGCUAAUUCUUAAACUUUUCAGUGACAGCAAGCACCAAGCUAACAUUUAAUAUAUGUGUGAGUGGUGGUUUAAAGCCAGCACCUUAUCACACUAUGUUAAAGUGAUGGUAAGCCCCAUGCUAACAUGUUAGCAUAGGCCUACACAACAUUGAGACCAGUAGUGUUAACGUGACUGUGGUUUUAUGUUCAUAUUCUAAGCUAAAUGGGCAUCAGCUGGUAAAAUUUUAACAUAAAAAAAAAAAAAAAGAAAAAGAUAGAGUAGUUUGUUAGCUUUCAUUAAGUUCAGCCCCCAUUUUUAGGUUUUGACAGCUCUCCUGUGUGAAGGGCAGAUGGGAGAUGUUCGAUGCCAACACCUUGGCAGAAAUGCAGAUUGUAGAAACUUUCUUUGAGAAGACGCUGUAUAAAUGUUGUAGGGCAGAGUGUGGCUUGUUGUUGUAGCCAAUAAUGCUGCAGUGUGAAAAUGUAAAUCUCCCAUUUUGGUACAAAACACUACUUGUAUUACAUUUUUUUUUGUCUAAAAAUGCAUGAGACUUGGCUCCAUCUCAUCUGAAGGGGAGAUGGUGUACAUCUUUAAGAGGUGCUGCAAAUAGCGCAAUUAUCAAUAACCAUGGAAACUGCAGUGGCUAAUUUUGGUGUCUAUUUUCCCAUCAUUUACAGGGCAAGCUGACAAAGGCACAUGUUUGUCAUUUUUACAUCCACAAAUAACAAACCAGUACGCUGAGCAGUACGACAGUAACGCACAUUUCUGUCAUGUUUGGGAGUAACUGGAUUGUUGAGAUGUGAGUGGUGAUGAUAAUAGCGUGUUGGGGGGGGGGGGGGGGGUCUCUUCUGUCACGUGACACUUAUUGUAUAAUUUUGCUGCUUUGAAUCGUCACAUAUCCCUGCAGGGUUGGUCCCUCGUCUCUGGGCAUAGAGAUAGAACGGUGUAAAGGAAUUGCGGUCUAAUGCCGUGUUCAUGUCAUGUUGGAUGGAAAGCAUCUUACACCGGGAUCACACGACAUGAUAUCAGCGUGAUUACAGCCUCUGGAACCAAAAUGACACUUAAACUGUUGUCAGGUUUUCUUCUGACGUGACGCGAACGCGGCAUUAGGCUGAUGAAAUGCACAUGAACUCGACUGAAGCGCUGCAGAAACUGUGUUGCUGGCACUGAUUUUGAUCUGUGGACAGUGAACCAAAUUUGGUUUCCAGUGCCUUGUGAAAAAUCUAUUUGUGAUACCCGCAAAUCUCAGUAUGAAAGAGCUAAGCUGGCAGGCAGUGUUUACAGGUUGUGGCUGUAUUUAUCGCGUUUAUUGUCGUCGUCAUCGUCACCACCACCAUCAUCAUCAUCAUCAACAUCAUCAUCAUCAUCCUCAUGUCUUUGAGGAAAACUACACUUUCAGUCAUUUUGGUGUUCACGGCAAUGAUGGAGAAAAGUCUCAUUGUUUGUUUUUAAAAAUCUUAUUGUUCAUACUUUUAAGUGGGGGAAAAAUAUUUAAAACAGAUUGCUAUGCAUUUACUGCUAGAAAGAGAAUAAAGUGUCAUUUAAUUCUGUUGAAAUUAAAGCCUUUUACAUUAAUAUGUUGUCGUAUUUCACAUUUUGUAGCAUUUUAAUCUAUAUUUUCAGAUUAUCGAGCAAAUCCCAUAAUGUUGUUUUUCUAUGCAUCAUAUGAGGAUGAAACCCUUUAAAGCAUAGACGUACCGUAGUCUUGAAUAUGUUUGCUGUGUCUCUGUUGUUUUAGACCUUUCAUCUGUCAAGUUUGGUGGAUGUUAUGUUUCAGAGAUUUGGAUUUUAACGUUGACCUGCUGUUCAUAAUAGUCACUUUUUUUUUUGCGAUGGGCGUGUAACUGACUUAAAUGCAGCACCUUCACAACCUUUUAACACUUCCUGCCCCACAUUAUUUUUGAUAGCGUUCUAAUUUUUCAUACAUAUAAGAUUUGAUGCAUCUGUCCUUUUUUUUUUUUUUUUUUUUUGUAGCGUGACCUUUUUUUUGUUUUUGAGGAACUUUCCUAUCUGAAAAGAGAAAUUUUUGUUUGACAUAACACAAAACUAUUGAUGUAAGAGGAGUUAUGUACUGUAGCUGCAACUUGUGAAUUCAGAGCACCCCUUUAAAAUUCAAUAAAUUUGAUUUGAUAGAC